GGAGAUCUCAAGAUUUCUCUGCUACAUUUUGCAUACCAUCAAUAUGAUGAAUUCAUUUACGGCAACGGCACCCAUUCGGGUUGCCUCGUUCCCCAAGCCAUACCUGCGUCUUGCUGUCCGGAACUAUACAAAUGCUGCCGCCACAACGGGGUUGCGAAAUGCCCCAUUGGCAGUCAAUAAAGUCCAACAGCAGACACACGGAAAGAGAGUCAUCUCGUCGACGCCGAACAAGACUCAGGAAUAUUUCCCUCCGCCAAAGGCAUCUCACAUCCAGGAGGUAGAUUCCUCAUGGUCGCACCCAGUAUACACCUAUGACCAGAUGAACAAGGUUACCGUCGCCCAUCGGGACGCCAAAGACUGGGCCGAUUGGGUGGCGCUCGGAACUGUUCGUCUCAUGCGGUGGGGAAUGGACUUUGUAACGGGGUAUCGGCAUCCCGGAUUGGGCGAAGAGAACCUUCCCAAAUUCAAAAUGACGGAGAGAAAGUGGCUCACGCGCUUUGUUUUCCUGGAAAGCGUGGCUGGUGUUCCUGGAAUUGUGGGAGGCAUGUUGCGACACUUGAGGAGUCUGCGACGCAUGAAGAGGGAUAAUGGAUGGAUCGAAACUUUGCUGGAAGAAGCACACAACGAACGCAUGCACCUUUUAACGUUCCUGAAGCUCGCCGAACCCGGCAUGUUCAUGCGUUUAAUGGUCCUCGGGGCCCAAGGCGUGUUCUUCAACAGUUUCUUCAUCUCCUAUCUCAUUUCCCCACGCAUCUGUCAUCGAUUUGUCGGCUACCUUGAAGAAGAAGCCGUCGUCACAUAUUCCCGAGCCGUUAAAGAGAUUGAGACAGGAGCACUUCCAGACUGGGCGCAGAUGGAGGCACCCGAAAUCGCGGUCCAGUAUUGGAAAAUGCCCGAGGGCCACCGCACCAUGCGGGACCUGUUACUGUACGUGCGGGCCGACGAGGCCAAGCACAGGGAGGUGAACCAUACACUGGGGAACCUCAAUCAGGGAGCGGAUCCGAACCCGUAUACGUCCACGUAUAAGGAUUCCAGCAAAGCACAUCCGAGCAAGGGGAUUGAUAAGCUGAAACCGACUGGAUGGGAGAGGGAAGAGGUUAUUUAGAUAUCCAUUUGGGUAUCCACUUGUAUAGUAGAUGGCGUUUUUAUUAGAGUGGUUCUUGUGGAUUCAGCGGAUAUCAUGGAGUUAUGGGGUUGGGUCGCAUUAGUGGUCAAUAUUAUUAACAUCUCCCUUUGUCGUUUCUUGGUCGCUCUUCUCCCUCUACUGCACUUAAAUUCUUAUUUUGAGUUAAUUUCUAUUGGUCUGCUGGACUGAAAUGCAUCGCUCUCUUUCCAAUUGAGUGAAACUGGCUG